CAGAGGAAAUGAGUGGAGCAAAACCCUCUUGACACAUUAGAGCAGCUCAUUCAGCUGACAGGUUUCCUGUGUAAACGUGUGAGCACGUUCGGAUAGCUGACCUAAGCUCUUGAUACCAAGGGAAGGGAGACACGUACAUCAUGGGAGCAUCUUCUUCUGGUUUGUUGGACGAGGCUAAAACCAGCAGCAUCAAAGGACUUGUCGACAGUUCGUUUCAGAGCUUCAGCGUGUUUUACCGUCAGCAGUAUUCAGCAGCCUACGUCAGCCACUUACACCAGGAGGUGGAGUCUAAGAAAGAAGGGAGGGGCUUAUUGCUUACACAAAAGCCUCAACCUGACCUGGAGGAAGUGCUGUACCAAGGGAGCGUGAAGUUCUCCUGCUGGGAUGAGCAGGGAAAGAAAUGCAGAGAGCGAUACACCGUCCUGAGGAGAGAUUACAGAGUGGAGAUUCAUGAAAACAUGGAGACUUUCACCGUUGGAUGUGCUGCCAAGUUGGUCCUCCAGCCAGCAGGUGGAAGAGUGUUCACCACGGAGCAGGAGUCCAGGGCUCACCUGGAGCACACCUGUGCUGGAAUACUCAAUGGAGUGAAGGAGGAUUCUUCUUUGGUGGUAUCGUCUCCAAAUGUGCCUGCUGUGUACCUGCACCUGCCUUAUAUGGGCUACACCUGCUUCCUGUUCCAACAGGAAGAGGAACGAGAUAACUUCCUGUCUGCACUCAAGUCCUGCAUUAGACACUGCAACCUGGACCCUUGGAGUGAUCCAUCCUACGAAAGCCAGGCAUAUGUCAGAGCCCUCCGACUCUACGGCCAGGACAAAGGAUGCUACCAAUCCUGGGAGAUGCUGCUGGGCACCGAGGAGCAGGUACUGGCCUUCCAGGUGGUGGAGGAAGUGUUGUCAUGGUUACAGAGUCAGGUUAAAUCCCGACUGAAGGGCAAGAGGACCGAAAGGAUACAGCAGUGGCUGGCAACGAUGCAGGCCGCCUACAUUUUGGUGCUUGAACAGCUCACUGCCAGCCUGGAGGCUCUGAGGGAGGAGUGUCGUCAGACAGCGUCGGCCCAUCAGGCACUGAUCAGAUCCAACCUGGACCAGAUAACAUCUUCUCACUGCUUCCUGGAGGAAAAAGUCAAAGUGUGUGUACUUGAAGAAGCAGAGCGGGUGUGCAGUGAGUCUGUGGCACCCUACAUGCCCUCCAUCCUUGAAGUGCUGACAGAAAACAUAAGCGCAGGGAUUCAGAGGAUGCAGCACGCACUGCAAACACAGAUGGACUCCAUGCACACAAAUGGAGGGACAGAGGACACAAACAAGGCCUUGUCACCUCUGCACUCCAUCAGCCUGGACGCGUGCCACAAGCAGGUGGAGAACCUGACGGAGCGGCUUGUCGACCUGAAGCAGCGGUUUGGAUUGAGCAGCACCCAGAGACUGGUGCAAUCUGCACACCUGGAGAUGGAGAAGCUGCUGGACAGUGCUGUGUACACAUUAGAGCUCUUCCUCCAGUCAUCGGCCACAAUGCAGCCGUCCCAGAUCCCGGUCAAGACCAAGAGAGCCAAAGAACGAGUCCUGAAGCAGCUGGACUAUGACAGCAGAGUUGUCCAGAGGAGGCUCUACCAGGACGCUCUCCUGGAGAUCACCCUGCCUGCUCUCAGCAGGAAGAUGGACGGCAAGUGGCUGAGUGAGCUGCAGCAGUUUGAGCAGUACAUCUUCUCAGACUACAGCAGUUUCAUUCUGGUUCAUAAUGUCUAUGAUGACGUGCUGAGAAAGAUCCUCAUUAAGGAGAUAGAGACAGUGGUCCAGGACGCAGCCCAUAAGAGGAGAAACAGUCUCUCCUUGGACCCUUCGGAUCUGAGCUUUAGUCGCUGCAGUCUGCUUGAGGAGGAGCCCCCCCGCUCGGCCCCAGCCAGCGCCGCCGACGCUUCUCAAGACUCUUCCUCCUCCUCCUCCUCCUCCUCAGCACCACCAGGUGGCGGUAAACAGCCUCCUCCCGCGGGGGAGGAGGGAGGUCAGGCGGUCACCACUGAAGUUUGUCCUCAUCUUAACGCUGAAGGCCAAACUGCAAAGCUUCUGUGUCCCGUCAUCGUUGUGACACCAGAGGAGGAUGAACCUGCUCCCUCCGCUGAGCAACCAGAAGAAGAAGUCCGGCUCGGAACCGAACCUCCGUUGGUGACAAAGUCGACGACGGCUGAGCCUUCCGACGAAGACGCCGCUGACUCUGUUGCGAACCACGUUGGGACACUCGAUGCCCCUGCGAACCAGGACCCCACUGAUCCAACCCCGGCCUCUGCUGACCUUCCAACGUCCACUCCGUCCUCGCUGCAGGCCACGGACCUCCACGCGGAAUCUGCUCAAUGUGCCACGGCCGACCUCUCAACCCCAGACGCAGUAACGGAGGACACAACUGUCCCGCACCCCGGCCCCUCGGCGUCACACCCACCUCUGAAAAUGAGCCUGGGGUCGCUGAGCGAGGCCAUCGGUUGCACCUGCGCAGCAGCUCCUGUGCAGCAGGCGGGGCCCGAGCCCACAGACAGAGCCGUCUACCUGACGGGAGGAGUCAAGGACAACUGGGAGGUGGAGAGGGUUGAGGCCGGGGACGGGACGCCACUUGAGAGGAUUGAAGACGAGGAAGAAGAGACACAGGCAGGAGAAAGGAAACAACAAGGGGACAUGGGUGACGGGCAGACGGGAGGUGUAGCUCCAUCAGAGGUUUGCCAGAGCACCACCGGCUCAACCACGGAGCUGAGAGAGCUGGAAGUCACGGUAGAUGGAGACAAAGAUAGUGAGCUGGAGACUAAGACAGGGAAGGAGGACGAGGAGGAAGGAAAGGAGAAAGAACGUCACGCAGAAAAGGAAGGAAAGAGAGAAGAGGAGGAGGAGGAGGCUCUCCAACGCCCUCAGCCAAUGGAAUCCCAGCCAGAGAGUGUUGCCGAGCAACCAUUGGACAGCGUGGCGAUCAUCAGAGGACUUGUGACUGAGAUUACUGAAGUGGAGACAAUAGUCUGUCCCUGUCCCAACAGCAGCCAUGUGCCUUGACAGACGGGUUACCAUGACGACCACAGUGAUUACAUCAUCAGGGUACCGCAUCACAUUUAUACUGAUACUUGAAGACUAAAACGUUGUUUCACAUACUCGAGUGAGCAGUUUUAUAAAAGGUACAAGUUAUUUUCUCUUCUGAUGUUUACAUGUGCUAUUUUUUUAAUGCUUGCAUUGCAAUAUAUAAAAGCACCCAAUAAAAUAUGUUUUAUAAUCUUA